AUGAGUCUCUACGGGCAUCGCUUCCGCCCCGAGCACCUCUCGCAAAGAGGCACCGCCGCCCUCGCAGCAGCAGCCUGUAUAUCCCUCUACCUGCUCGUCCGGCCAACCUUGUCACCACGCGCAAAGUCUCCAAAGACGAACAUCGUCCGCGUGAAGCAUCGUGAUGGUGUCGUGGGCGCCGAUCCGGAAGACUCUUCCGAGAAGGCGGCGGCCGUGCCGUACCCGCCGGAGCUGUUCCCCGGAAGCCGGGACGUCGAGACGGUGUAUGGUACGAUCAAGGUCUUUGAAUGGGGUCCCGAGGAGGGCGAGAAGGUGCUUCUGGUACAUGGCAUUGGGACGCCGUGCAUUGCAAUGGGGGACAUGGCGCGGGAGUUGGUGAGGAAGGGGUAUCGAGUAAUGCUCUUUGAUCUUUUUGGAAGAGGCUACUCUGAUGGCCCUUCCGAUACGGCAUACGAUGAGUGCCUCUACACGACUCAGAUCCUCCUCGUGUUGGCAUCUUCAUCGCUCUCCUGGACAGGCGCCUCUUCUUUCCACCUCAUCGGCUAUUCACUAGGCGGUGCCCUCAUCGCCGCCUUUGCAGCAUACCACUCGCACAUGGUGCGUUCUCUCACCGCGGUCUGUCCGGGAGGCCUCGUGCGAAAGUCCCACAUCUCGUGGCAGAGCCGCCUCAUGUAUUCUCAUGGCUUGCUGCCCGAGUGGCUUCUCCGGACCUGGAUGCGCUCACGACUGGAGCCGCAGCAUGGGCAGAGCGCAGAUGUCCCCGAGGGCGACGAAGGAGAUGUCCACUUUGACGACGUGCGGAUUGCUGUCGGACAGGAGGGCUCCGUCAAAGUCGGUGAAGUUAUCGGUUGGCAGCUGGAAGCCAACCCGGCAUUUGUUGACAGUUAUAUGAGCACCAUUCGUUAUUCCCCAAUCUACGACCAGCACGACAAGAUGUGGGCAGUUUUGAGUGAAAAACUUGCUGCGAAUCGGGAGCUAGGUCGGGGACUGCAACGGGUUUGUGUCAUUUUGGGAGAUAAAGACGCUCUUAUUGUGAAGGACGAGUGGAUCGAAGAUACCAGAGCGGUGUUGGGCGAAGACGGUGUAGACGUUCGCGUGAUUCCUGGCAGCCAUUCCAUUGCCAUUUACAAAGGCAAGGAAGUCGUUGAAGCAGCCAUUUCAUCGUGGAAGAGCAGUCGAUAG